AUGGCACAAGAAAAAAUCAACAAGUUACUUAAAGAAAUCCUCAAGGAAGAAAACUAUACGAAUUUUGACCUGAAAGUCGAAGAAAUCUCGACUGAAGGCGCAAAUUACACUUCAAAUUUAUACAAGGUUGAAGUUAUCCCUAAAGGAGAUAAACCACACCUUCACCUUUUCGUGAAAGUGGCAUGUCCCAGUGUGAAGCUACGGAGUACCUUGGACGAAUGGAAAAUUUACACAACAGAACAAUUCUUUUACACAAAGUUGAUGAAAAUUUUUAACGAAAUUGAAAAAGAAAACAAUGUUCCAGACGGGCAUAGACUAGUUUGCAGCAAGUAUUAUGGAUGUAGUCUCGUACCUUUUGAAGAGAUAAUAGUCCUUGAAGACCUAACUGCAAGCAACUGGUUGGCUUACGAUAGGUCCAAGCCUAUAGACUGGCCAUACGCGAAAGCAGCUAUCACCGAACUUGCAAAAUUCCACUCAUUAUCCUUCGCGUACAGCGAAAAGAACUCUACCGAAUUCAGUAAAGUGUUAGAAGAUUUAAAAACUCAAAUGAAUCCUGAAGCAUUGGCCGCUUUCGUGAAGAGUUCCAAAGACAUUGCAUUGCAAAAGGUAAAGCCGGAACACAAAGAACUGUUGGAAAAAUAUUUGAAGGAAUUUGAAGCAAAAAUAAAGAAGGUCAACGAACCCGUCGGUCGUAACGUUAUCACUCAUGGGGUCUACAGACCGAGUAAUUUGAUGCACAAGGUCAGAGAGGAAAAGUUAAAGAGAGAUUUGUAUAAUGUUGAUCUUAAGACUCUGCUUACAACUAAAAGGUUAUGUUACACUCAACUUAAAAGUAAACAAUAA